CCCUGCAAAUUUGGCUCAAAUUUUUCUUUGACAGAGAAAAAUAAUGAUUCCUGACUUCCAUAAUUUGGAUUUUGCACUAGCUAUCUCUCCAUCUUUAAGAAGUACAAACGCUAUUUAAUUUUUUGCGAGAAGUUGUACAUAUGCAAGAUUGCUAUCUGUGGGGUUAUGGUGUUGUUAUCCGGUUGUUAUGGCCGAACUUCGACGGGUUACUUCGCCAACCGCUGCAAAUACCAAUGAGAAAAGUAACAGACCUUCUUCAAGCAGCGGAGUGACAAAGAGUCUUAAAAAGAUGCCAUCUGAAGGACUCAUUUCACUCUCUCCAGAACCUGGCAGAGUGAAGUUUGCAGAGUCUUCCCUGGACAGACCAGGGUCCAGUGGUAGCGCAAGGGCAGGUAGUGCAGGUCAUGUCGAGAGAAGGUUACAGCUUGCCAGAAAAAAGCAAGAUGAGCUGACUGAUGCCGAUAUAAACAUGUUCAGAAAAUACUCUUCUGAAUCAAGUCUUACAAAGGAAAUGGAAUCUCUAUCAGUCAACAAGAAAUCAAUAGGAACGGAGAAAAUGGUAGUUUCAGAACACAUAAAAGACCAGGGAAAGUCUGACAGCUCUGACUCGGAAACUAGCUCAGAAGAAAGUUCUGGUGAUGAAACCAGCUCCCCAGAGACAUAUACUACAAAAACUCAGGACAAAUUUGAAGCCCCAGUUGAGCUGAAAGGGGACUUCCUAUCUGCUGUUAUGGAUGAGGAUUAUGAAAAAGCAAAGGAUCUUUGCAAGCAAAUUUUACUGCUUGAGCCAGAUAAUGCAACAUGUACAGAAUUUCAUUCUGUUUUGGCAGAGAAAAUAAAACAAGAUGAAGUACAAGAAGACACAGAUACAGACAGUGAUGAUGAUGAUGAUGACGAUGAUGAUGACAAUGAAGACAGUAGUGAGGAAGGUGACGAUGAGGAAAAUGAAGAAAGCUCAGAUGAUGACGAAGAGGACGAUGAUGAUGAUGAUAGUGAUGAUGACUUUACCCCACCUACCGGACCUAUUAAUUUAAUUAUGGGUGGAUUACCCAUUAAAAUGCAAAACAGAUGACACAUUAAUGCACCACUAUGUCUGGAAUAAGUUGGCAAUAUAAGACUAUUGACAGAAAAUAGUAUCAAGUAAUGGCAUAAGUCAGUUUAGCUGUAGAUAAGCAUAUCAAAGACAGUAUGAAUCCUGUGUGGUGAUGAUAAAUUAAUACUGUAUGUUAUACAGAUGGGGUAACCAAGUAAAACUAGUCCAAGCCAGUAAAAUCAAUGUCACACAGUAGCCUUUUAGUCAUUUAAAACAAAAGGCAUUUUUUAAUCAAAGAGAAAACUUUUCCCUGUCAGGAAAGUACUUUAUGAACUCUCUGGUUUCGUUGGAACUCGAAAGGUUUAACAUUGGGGAUCAGAUACAUUAGGGAUAAGAUUUUCAUAUAAUUAUUAUUUUUACCAGUUAUACUUCCCUAAUCAACACAAUCAGUAUUUCUUGAGCAAAAAAAAAAAUAAGUGAAAAUAAAAAGAUUUGUAAGAAUAGAUAAAGAAUACCUUAAUUAUUAAAUUGGAAUUUUAUCCAAUAAAAUCACCCUAAUUUUUUUAACAUAAUUCCUAUCAUGAUCCUUGUAGUAUAUACAUGUUCGUAAAAUGACUGAGCAUUAAUUACUUUGUGAGAUGUGGUACUCAGCACUGCUGUUUGGCCUGAUGAAAAGCUUUCGCCACAUUCACAACAGGAAAUAUCACAAGAGCACCAAUACAGGAUCCUGCUUGUAUUGCUACACCACACCAGAAUAGUGCUCUCUGGCCCUUCUUCUUCAUGAUAGUACAGAUUGUGAGUUUUGUAUAGGUGAUGAGUGAUCCACUGACUACACUAACAGUCACCUGAAAUAAAAAAAAAACGUGUCUCAUCUCAAAA